UCACUUUGUUACAGAAUAAACUGUGCAUCAAAUAACAGCCUAAAAAUUGAGCAAUGGGGAGGCGUGUCCUAGUGGGGGAGGGUUGAGGCGCGGCAGCUGAUUGGUUACUAGCGCUGUCAAUCAAAAGCAGCCAUGUCAAGUCAAAAAAAAAGCGUUGUCAACUAAUUGCGGAGAAGAAGGGGCUGUUAUUUCGAGGCGCACUGUGUUAAAGUCAGCGGAUGCGUUUAUAAAUGACAGUUAGCCUUGUACCAAAUUUAGGCGCUGUUGAAGUUGCUCAGCAUUAUGUUUCUUUUAUGCGGAUAAUAGCAUUACUGGGACAGUUUGACAUCGAUGUCCUAAGAACGGAAUAAUAAACUGAACCUGCUUCGAAAUUCGCGUUUUAAGUUUGUUCUGGAGAAAACCAGCCAAAUGAUGUCAGGAAAGCAUUACAAGGGUCAAGAAGUCAGCUGCUGCAUCAAAUAUUUCAUAUUUGGAUUUAACAUAAUAUUUUGGUUGCUUGGUGUGGCUUUCCUUGGAAUCGGAUUGUGGGCAUGGAGCGAGAAGGGAGUUCUGUCUAACAUCUCCUCCAUCACGGAUCUGGGUGGAUUUGAUCCAGUGUGGUUGUUUCUGGUGGUUGGGGGGGUGAUGUUCAUCCUGGGUUUCGCUGGCUGUAUCGGGGCCCUGAGGGAAAACACCUUCCUGCUCAAAUUUUUCUCUGUGUUUCUGGGGAUAAUCUUCUUCCUGGAGCUGACCGCCGGUAUCCUGGCCUUUGUCUUUAAAGACUGGAUUAAAGAUCAGCUCAACUUUUUCAUCAACAACAACAUACGAGCCUACAGAGAUGACAUAGACUUGCAGAACCUCAUCGACUUCACUCAGGAAUAUUGGGAAUGCUGUGGGGCGUUUGGAGCAGAUGACUGGAACCUCAACAUCUACUUCAACUGCACAGACAGCAACCCCAGCCGAGAAAAAUGUGGCGUGCCCUUCUCCUGUUGCACCAAAGACCCAGCGGAGGAUGUAAUCAACACACAAUGUGGAUAUGAUGUUCGGGCAAAACCGGACGCAGAGCAGAAGACAUACAUUCAUGUCAAAGGCUGUGUGCCGCAGUUUGAGAAAUGGCUACAGGACAACCUGACGGUAGUGGCUGGGAUCUUCAUCGGCGUCGCUCUGCUGCAGAUAUUUGGAAUAUGCCUUGCACAAAAUUUAAUCAGUGAUAUUGAAGCUGUGAGAGCCAGCUGGGUGCCGCCCCCCUCUUACGUCGCCCGCCGCCCCCCGUCCCACUACAGCAAGAAAGCCUCGGCGUACUCCUGAGGGAGAUUGUCCUGUUUGUUCACAUGAAGUGGCAGCUAGUCUUGCAGACACUCACAGACCUACGCCAGCACGAUUAAGGUAGCGAAUGAUGAACACAAGAUGCACUGGGUUGUGUGUGUGUGUGUGUGUGUGUGCGUUUCCACCGUAACCUUUUACCAUCUGUAAAUAGUGCUACUUUUUCUAGUGUUUUAUGUGUCAAAACGUGUGUAAUGUGAAAAAUGAUGUGUCCACAGAGGUUUGCGUUAACCAAAAAAUGACCACCAUUUGCAGGACUGUAAAAGCAUCACUCAAAACACUUUCCAUCACUUUGACACAAAAUAUACCAUAAUUGAAACCAGGGUCCGGCACGAUUGGCUCGCUAGUUCAGUAUUCAGGACACUAAAAAUCCCCACAAUGCACCGUAAAAACCAGUGAACUAAUGUUAAAUAUCACAUAAACAUAUUAAUAACAACAAAUGAGUUCAUUUGGCAUAAUGACUUUAUUUUAUUAAGCUAGAGUCAGUGUUAACAUCAGGCGUUUAUUUUGUUCAUCUCUCACUCAUCAUUGUAUUGCAUUGCAUUAUACUGUAUGUUUUAAAACUACAGAGCUUUGACAUUAUAUUUUUAUGUAAGUAUUCUGUUAUAUUGUUAUAAGGAUCUCAUUGAUUUAUAUCACAAGAACUUCAUGUUUCGGUCAUACAAAUAUCAGAAACCGCACCAAAUUUAAUGUUUAAUGCUUUUCUCUCUUUGAAUAUGAGCUCCAUAUUCCACUAUUUCAUACUAUGUGAUCCUGAUGUAUCAAAUAUGAUACUCAUCAAAAACACAUGCUUAUUGCAUUUCAAAAAAUUAGAUUUUUUUUUCAUAUGUCUGGCUUUACAAGGUCAAUUAUUAAAAAUAUGAAUACCGACCAUAUUAAGAUUAUAUGAUAUACAUUUAGGCCUAAAUAAUAAUCCAGGAAAUGAAAAACAUGACCGAUAGAAAUAGACGAUGAUGCUGGAAACUUCAGAGUUUGUUGAGUGGGGGGUGAUUAUUUGUGAGCGUCUGAAGCUCAGUCAGGGAGUUUCUCAUUGACGAUGUUUUUUAAUUAUUCUGUUAACACUGGAUCAUGCACUUCAGCUGUAUAUUGCAUUUCACUCUCAAGUAUAAACAUCUGAAGCAAAUCUUGCAGCUUAUGUUCACUAAAACAGUCAGGAAGUCAUUCAAACGUUUAAUUUAGUCAAAUGUUUUUUUGUCCUUGCACUAACAAAUUAGAGAUCCCAGAACAUUUCUUCUGCAGAUGUUUCUCUUUCACAAGCAAUUUCUGAUCAAGAGAACCACGUACCGUGGCAGUAUUUUUCUGUAUGUAUGGACUAAUCAGAAGCUUGUUUGUUGUAAAUAUCCUUGAGUGAUAUCUUAGCACUUUCACAAUGCAAACGCAGUUGGAUGGUGUGACACUCUGUAGCACACUACUGUAUGUAGCACUCAUGGGUAAUUGUACAUCACUAAAACUGCUUUUAACAUGCUUUAUGUCUCUUUUUUUCUUUUCAAGGACAUUCUGAUGUAGCUUUUACAGUUGCAAUGCAUUUUAAAUGUGUUCAUGCUUAUAAAAAGCAGGGAGAGAGGGUUUGAUCUGAAGGUGUGAUGAUAUUAAUGUUGGCGGUUAUUUAGGCUGUGUCAUACACUUACUUGAAGCUCCAGCAAUAAGAACAAACAUUUUCAAUAAAUUAUUUCUCAGCAUUGUAA